AGGAUGUGUAAGGGUGUGUUAUUAGCAUCCCCUUGAAAACUUAUUGAUUCCCAAUUUUCCAUUCAUCAAUUUGGAUCGUCGGAUCGUCAUUGUUUUUUCUGUACCCGUCCUAACCGUCGAUUCCUUUUCCAUUAACUUUUUUAUACCAUUUUCAUCACCAAACCAAGAACAAAGAAUCAGCGUACGAGUGCCGCAGAACACCGUCAGAAGCCGAAUUCGCGAGUUAGAACUUUCGUCGAUCGGAAAAGAUGUCGGGAGUGACGAACGAGGAAGACAAGAAGCCGGUUGGAGAUCAAGGUGCUCAUAUCAAUUUGAAAGUCAAAGGACAGGAUGGAAAUGAAGUGUUCUUUAGGAUCAAACGAAGCACACAACUUAAGAAGCUGAUGAACGCUUAUUGUGAAAGGCAAUCUGUUGAUAUCAGCUCUAUUGCCUUCUUGUUUGAUGGUCGUCGCCUUCGAGCUGAACAAACUCCAGAUGAGUUGGAGAUGGAAGAUGGUGAUGAGAUUGAUGCGAUGCUGCAUCAGACAGGUGGCAGCUUCUUAUGGGUUUAGAAGAAGAGUAUAUAAAGUGAUGAUAUGAUAAUGCUGGUUGAGCUUUUGUCUUAAGCUUCGUAGUUCUGUUAUUUAGGAGGUUGGAUUUUAAGUUUAACUGUUAUGUUGGUGUACUUAUUUAAUAACAACUAUUUUUCCCUUUAAGGGAAAGAAUAUGCUAUAUUGCUAUAUUCUAUCGUAACUAUUAUGCACGCUUCAUUGCCACCGGUUUCUUUUCAUCUACUUCAUAAAGUAGCUAUAACAUAUUUUAUGUUACAUGUUGAUUUGUUAUGAUUUUUUCGGUGUUUUAUCGUGUACUAAA